CAACAUUCUGGUUCAUCAACGACGCGUAGGAUGUCAUUGGUGGGUAAACCGUUGGCUUAUAAAAAUUAUAGCACCGAUCAGAGAUUUCGACGAAUUCAAAGUAAGGUGCAUAAUUUUCUGGAACGACCACGUGGUUGGAAAGCCGCUGGUUAUCAUCUUGCUGUGCUUAUAAUGGUAUUAAUGUGUCUCGCGCUAAGUGUCUUCUCAACGAUGCCCGAUUUUGAAGAGCAAGCAACUUUAAUUCUUUACUAUAUUGAGAUUGUAUUUGUAUUUUGGUUAGCAAUGGAAUAUAUAUUUCGAGUUUGGUCAUCCGGUUGUCGUUCACGUUAUCGUGGACUAUCAGGCCGUAUACGUUUCGCUACCUCUGCUUAUUGUAUUAUUGGUUAG